AUGUUGGUCAAUGUGCACAAUGUAACCCAUAAAGAAAAUGUUCUGCAUCCUACUUUGUUCGCCGCUGUUUUACUUGUUGGGGGCGGGAGCCCAGGCUGUCUGGUCAGCGAGAGCGGCUGCGGCUGCGCCAUUCUGCGCUCAGGGCUCGCAGGCGGAUCUGCAGAGGAGCGAGCUGCCGCCUCUGAGCCGGCACCAGGAGCGGGAGGCCAGACCCUGCGGUUCCUCUCCCGCCUGACAGCUCCAGGAAGGCAGAUCCUUUCCCGGCCAGCCAGCCCCAGAAGCGGCGCUCCAGCGGGUGGCCAGGAAUACGUCUUCCAGGCACAGACCAGAAAAGGGCUGGGAUCUCGGCCGCUGGCGCCCCCGCACAGGUACAGACGCGGGACCCUUGCUCCCGCCGAGAUGCAGAUGGCUUUGUCCUCCUGUCUCGGGCUGGCCAAUGCGUCUUGCCCGGGUCCCACGCCGCUCUGCCCCAACGCGUCGAGCCCGCCGCCGCUGCCGCCGCCCCUGGCCGUGGCCGUGCCGGUUGUGUACGCGCUGAUCUGCGCCGUGGGGCUGGCGGGCAACUCUGCCGUGCUGUUCGUGCUGUUGAGGGCGCCGCGUCGGAAGACCGUCACCAACCUGUUCAUCCUCAACCUGGCCAUCGCCGACGAGCUCUUCACGCUUGUGCUGCCGGUCAACAUCGCUGACUUACUGCUGCGCCAGUGGCCCUUUGGGGAGCUCAUGUGUAAGCUCAUCGUGACCAUCGACCAGUACAACACCUUCUCCAGCCUCUACUUCCUCACCGUCAUGAGCGCCGACCGUUACCUCGUGGUGCUGGCCACCGCCGAAUCCCGCCGCGUGGCCCGCCGCUCCUACGGCGCCGCGCGCGCCGUGAGCCUGGCGGUGUGGGGCCUCGUCACGAUCGUCGUGCUGCCCUUCGCCGUGUUCGCGAGACUCGACGACGAGCAGGGACGGCGUCAGUGCGUGCUGGUCUUCCCGCAGCCCGAGGCCUGGUGGUGGCGAGCGAGCCGCCUCUACACCCUGGUGCUGGGCUUCGCCCUCCCGGUGACGGCCAUCUGCGCGCUCUACACCUCCCUGCUGUGCCGGCUGCACGCCAUGCGGCUGGACAGUCGUGGCAAGGCCCUGGACCGCGCCAAGAAGCGGGUGACCGUGCUGGUGGUGGCCAUCCUGGUUGUGUGCCUACUCUGCUGGACGCCCUACCACCUGAGCACCGUGGUGGCGCUCACCGUCGACCUCCCGCAGACGCCGCUCGUCGUUGCUGCGUCCUACUGCAUCACCAGCCUGAGCUAUGCCAACAGUUGCCUCAACCCUUUCCUCUACGCUUUUCUCGACGACAACUUCCGCAGGAGCCUCAACCAGCUGCUGGCGUGCCGCGCCACUGCCUGA